AUGAAGGCAAGCCGGCAACUGCUCCGCAUCGCGCGAGCAAGCAGCAUCAACCGACCAUCGGCAGCUUCAACCUCAUUCAGCACCUCCCGUCUCCUUCCCGCAGCAGCCUCCAGCGUCGCUGCGCGGGCGCUGGCGGAACCUCAAAGGCAAGCAGCCAGCUUCUCCACCCACGCCCUCCGACACAAAGGCCUCCAACCAGACAGCAGCGACCCCCUUCCACCAAAGCCUGAAGCCACUCACGGCAAUGGCCCUGGCGCAGGAGCAGCCCAGAUCAGCGACGGCGAAUACCACGAGCUCGCAGAUCAGUACCUGAAUACUCUAGUUCUGGCAAUGGAAGAAGUGUCAGAGCGCAACACCGAGGGAGUUGAAUCUGAAUUCUCCGCCGGAGUGCUCACCAUCACUCACCCCAAACACGGCACCUACGUGAUCAACAAACAGCCUCCCAAUCGCCAGAUCUGGCUCUCCUCCCCGAUCUCCGGCCCGAAGCGCUUCGACUGGGUCAUCCCCUCCUCCUCACAAGACCACAAGGCAGAGAGCACCGUUGACGGCGGCGACGACGGAGCUACUGGCGGAAAAUGGAUUUACCUGCGGGAUGGGAGUUCACUGACUGAGUUGCUGAAGAACGAAUUAGGGGUGGAGAUUACGCCUGGUGGUGGCGAGGAUGCGCAUGCAGGUAGAGACGGCCCAGCCAAGAGCGGAAUCAAUAGCUCGCCGUAG